AUGACGGAAGCCAUCAUCAACAUUAGGUCUCGGUUUGACCCACGCUCUGGGCAGCAAAUCAUACUCUGGAACGACAUCGUCAAAGUCUUCAAGCACGCGGAAUAUGUGCAACACGCGAAUACCUUUGUGCCCUACCUUGCCAACGACGACUUUGAAGAUAUGAUGGGACUGAAGACAGGGAGCGUCAAGGCCUAUACCUCAGUCUUCAAGCCCAAACCGGACUGGAUCACGUUCCGGGAAUCCAAGUACUACAGGACGAGUCUGGUCUGUCCCAACAAAACUUCUCAGAGCGGCGAGCUGAUGGUACUCAGUCGCUCCGACAUCCCCCUCUCAGCAUUCUCCAGCGCCAUCAUCGCCAACGCUACAUGUGUCACUGAGCUUAUCAUCGACCUCCAGUCGGAAAUGACUGCAAGCGAGUUUCGCAGUCUUCAGGAUGCGGUUCUUAUCUUUGAACUGUCCAGCUUGAAUAUCAGGAACCUCGGGUUUAUUGUCCCGGCAGCUGCAGAGAGACGAUCGGUACCGACACUCAACUUCAACGCCGACAGCAACACCGACAAAAAGGGACCCGUACCAUUUACUACAGCCACACUUCAACACUCUUUGGCAGCUCCUCAGUGA